CAGCACACAUUGAGAGCGGCUCAGUGCUUUAGACAAUGCUUCUGAUGGAUUUUUUUGUCCUAUUACUUCUGUUGUUGCUCACUCUAGCUUUAUGCCUCUCGUCGCGACUGAAAAAUUUAGUGCAAGGAUUUGUUUUCACAUUUCAGAGAUGCAGUUGCUAUGAGGCUUGACAAGUAUCGACAUUCUCUAAGAAGACAGCUUGAUUGGGUUUUAGCAUCAGGGACCUCAACAGCCUACUUUUCAAGUCUCAAAUCCACGGAGACCUGAUUCUUAGAGAAGGAUUUAAUAGAGAAGGUGACAAAAUGAAUACAACAUGAACAAAUGACAUGCCUUAACUGAUUUUUUUUCUUUCACUCUCCUUUCCCUUUCAUGGUGAAUUGCGUUAUUGUUUGAUAAGACUAUAUUUUUUUAAUCACUGGGAGGGCUGUAUGCAGCCUAAUUCAAGCAAAGUGGAUUAUUUAACAGAGUGGGUAAUAGAUAAUUCUCCUUAGUAUCAGCAGCAUGGACAGUCCUAUGUGUGAGCUCUGCCCAGCACUCACAGGGGGCCACCUGACAGUCUUGUGUUUUUGGAUGAAUUUAGUGCCAAGCUAUUAUUAGCUGGCAUUGGAACAAGAAAGAAGGGGAGAGAGAGAGAGCAAGCAAGAGCGGCUUAGGGGAUCUGGACUGGCAGCUGGACAAAGAUGCUCAGCUGGACUUCUUCAGAAUUUGACCAAAGCCACAUCAGGCUAAUAGUGUAUCAGGACUGUGAGAGGCGUGGAAGAAACGUCUUGUUUGACUCAAAUGCAAAGAAGAAAUUAACCACUGAAGAAAUAUCUAUUUCGAAAUUGUGCAGUGAUAGCCAGGUGAAAGUGCUUGGAAAGUGCUGCCAGCUACGACCAGCGGGUGGAAGCUCGAGCUCCCUGGACAGUUCCUCUUCAUCAUCAGCUUCAGAAACUAAAGAGCCAAGUCACAAGUAUCAGGGUUCACGUUGUUCAUCUGAUGCCAACAUGUUGGGAGAGAUGAUGUUUGGGUCAGUUGCAAUGAGCUACACUGGAUCAACUCUGAAGAUUCAUCAGAUACGUUCUCCUCCUCAGCUAAUGCUUAGCAAGGUGUUUACAGCACGGACAGGAAGCAGUGUUUAUGGCAGCCUCAACACGUUGCAGGAUAGCCUCGAACUCAUCAACCAAGAAUCAAGCACAUUAAAAGCAGAUCAGAACACUGCUGGAAAUGGACUUCUUGGGAACAUAGGUUUCUCUCAGCUUUGCAGCCCAAGGCGGGCGUUUUCUGAGCAAGGCCCGCUCCGUUUGAUCAAGAGUGCCUCUUUCUUUUCAGGUCACAGCAAUCCUAUGGACAUGCCUGGAAGGGGACAGCAUGAAGACCGAGAAGGUGGAAUAGCUCGAUCGGCCUCUCUCAGUAGUUUGUUGGUUACUCCAUUCCACUCUCCUGGCUCAUCCCUAACAAGCAGCUGUGCAAGCAGUUACCAGCGGCGUUGGCUCCGUAGUCAGACGACCAGUCUUGAAAAUGGUGUUUUUCCAAGAUGUUCUGUAGAAGAAAGUUUUAACAUGUCGGAUGAGAGUAGCGGCGCCAGCCUUGGAGUGAUGAGAAAAAAGAAGAUUGCCAUUGGCGUCAUAUUUCUUCUGUCGCAGGAUGAGGAGGAGAAAUUUCAUGAAUUCUUCUUCUCCCACUUUCCUCUGUUUGAAAGCCACAUGAACAAACUUAAAAGUGCAAUUGAACAGGCUAUGAAAGCAAGCCGUCGAUCUACAGAUGCCAGCCAGAGAGCGCUUGCUUACAACAGGAUUGUAGAAGCCCUAAGUGAAUUUAGGACGACCAUCAGUAACCUUUAUACCAUGCCUCGGAUUUUGGAACCCGUGUGGCUCACAAUGAUGUCAGGAACUCCAGAGAAAAACCAGCUAUGCCAACAAUUCAUGAGAGAAUUUGCCUUCCUGAUGGAGCAAACGGCAAAGAACCAGUUCCUGCCAGCCUUGAUAACAGCUGUUCUUACUAAUCACCUGGCCUGGGUCCCUACUGUCAUGCCUAAUGGACAGCCACCUAUUAAAAUUUUUUUGGAAAAACAUUCCUCUAAGAGUGUUGACAUGCUGGCCAAGACACAUCCAUAUAAUCCUCUGUGGGCACAGCUAGGUGACAUGUAUGGUGCUAUCGGCUCACCUGUAAGAUUAUCAAAAACUGUGGUUAUUGGCAAGAGGCAAGAUCUUGUUCAGCGACUACUCCACUUGCUCACAUAUUUUAUAAGGUGCUCUGAACUUCAAGAGACAUGCCUGGUUGAAAAUGGGGACGAUGACGCCAUAGUUAUGCCUGGUACACUCAUCACAAUAUCGCUCGAGAAGGGGGAGGUGGAGGAAUCAGAAUAUGUGCUUGUUACAAUGCAUAAACACAAAAGUGGCCUUCUCUCCCAGGACUCUGAAGGUGAGGAAAAUUACACCACCUCUAGCUGCCAGGUACUUACGUGCCCAGUGACAUCCAGUGAACAGCACGAAGAAAGCAACCAAAAUGAUAUUCAGGAGAUGCAGUGCAAUAAUGACAGGCCUCCUGAUAUUCAGACAGAACAUGACAGCGAUAUGAAGCCAUACAAAGAGAUAACAAGUUGUUACCUACAAACAAAGAUGGAGACAGUUGUAUGUGUGGGAUCAUCAUCCAGGGACCAAGGUCUUUUGCUUGAAGCCAGACUUGAGCCAGAUGCCCAAGCUAGCAGAUGUGAUGGUUCACAGGAUACUGGAGGCAUGCCCAUCAAAAUUCUCAGAUCAUUGGAAAUACCAGUAGAAAAGAAGCCUCCAGAUAAGCACUUGUCUCCCUCACAUACACCUGAUGGCAAUCAGCCAUCUACGAAAGUGACUUUCUUGAUUGGCGAUUCAAUGUCACCUGACUCUGACACAGAAAUCAGACGUCAAAAAGUAGAGGAACAAAUAAAAAGACACAAAAAGCAAAUGCAAGAAAAGCUCAACAGUAGUGACCUGUUUGAUGAAUAUUUCACAGAUGAAAAUCCAGUAGAAACUAGGACUAUUGAUGAUGUACUAAAUUCAGGAGGACUGAGUCACACUAACCUCUUCAGGCACUUGCAAGUUGGUUUUAACACAAACCAAGAACUUAGCUCCAGUCAAUGCAGCUGCAGUACCAUUGACGUCAUCAAUGAUAACUUGUGUAGACUUUGUUCCGCCGAGCAGAACAAAAGAGUUAGCACUUCUGCUACUGUCCCCCGAGGGGACAAAACUGAUUUAAAAAAAAAAGUUACUACACUUUCCGACUGGGACAUCCCAAGAAAUGAGAGCUCGGACAGUGCGCUAGGGGACAGUGAGAGUGAAGACACAGGCCACGACCUUCAAAGGCAUUAUGGCAUUUGUCCGGGUGAAGAACAAGAUGAUUGGCUGGAAGAAGUGGAGAUACCUUUUCCAGGGUCUAAAUUAGUUGAAGCAAAUAUUUGCAAACCUAGCAUUGCAAAUUUUGGAAGAUCCCUGUUUGGGGGCUACUGUUCCACAUAUGUGCCAGAUUUUGUUCUACAUGGAAUUCCAAAUGAAGAAAAAUUGAGACAGAGUUUAAUGGCCGACUUAUCUCACGCUGUACAGCAUCCAGUUCUGGAUGAGCCCAUUGCAGAGGCCGUGUGCGUUAUUGCAGACAUUGAUAAAUGGACUGUGCAGGUGGCCAGCAGUCAGCGGAGGGCCACAGACAACAAGCUGGGGAAGGAGGUUCUGGUUUCCAGCCUGGUGUCCAACAUCCUGCAGUCGACUCUUCAACUCUACAAGCUCAAUGUCUCCUCAAACUUUUGUAUCAUGCAUCUUGAAGAUCGCCUGCAGGAACUGUAUUUCAAGAGCAAAAUGUUGUCAGAGUAUUUAAAGGGCCAGACCAGAGUUCAUGUCAAAGAGUUGGGCAUGGUCCUAGGGAUCGAGUCCAGUGAUCUCCCUCUGCUAGCAGCGAUUGCCAGUACUCACUCUCCGUAUGUGGCACAGAUCCUGUUGUAGAAGACAAAACACUGACAUGGAGGAGCUUCAUCUAAAUAGCAGAACUGCACCGAGGUGGAAGCACUAUUACUAUCUGGAGACGGAUAAUUGCACAUCGUGCCGCAGUGGGAGAGAGCUCUCCGAGACGAGACCAGAACUGUUUUUACACAGCGAGAAAAGGAGAAGGAGCAGAGAAGAAGAAGAAGAAGAAGAUUCCUGUUUAAAACGAAUACAGAGCUAAACAAAUGAUUGUCGUCUACCAAAAACAAAGAAACUCCACCUGUUGAAAUGAUUUUAUUUUUUUAUUAUGACUACAGAUAUAUUUACAAUUUUUUAAAUUCUUUUAACAGCAACAUAAAGUCUGUUUGACCUAGAAGCACGGUGACCUAAGAAUGAAGAUUUCAGACAGCAACUUCUUGUUUUGUUUUUUAACGUACUCUGGAAGGUCUGCCAUCAGCCUCGUGAUGAUUUCCACUUUGCUUUUAAGGCACCUUAAGGGCUCCCAGGGUGUCCGCCCGCUAGUGUCGUGCACAUGGAGGGAUGUGAGAAAUGAAAUGAAAUGCAUUUUAUAUUUCUCUGAAGUUUUACAUUUACAUAUGGAGCAGCCUUAUCUUGGGCCAGCUAACUUACUAUAAAUAUUAGAGAAUUCUAACAUAAAUGAGGUUCUGGUUAGAAACAAUGUGACUCUUAACAGCUUAUUUCAGUUGCGAUCUCCUCUUGCAGAUUAUGCGUCCGUAUUUAUGUUACUUUUCUAGUCGGGCAAUUUAGCGACAGCAGAGGGAGGUUCAGAGUUCACUCCAGCGGGAGAAGAGCAUGGCAGCACUGAACUGGAAUGAAUGAAUGAAUGAGUGAAUGUUGCGUGUAUUUCAGUUGCUCGUUUUCCAUGCUGAACUUUGAAAGGUUGUCUUGAUUCGACAGGAAUAUCAAUCACUGAAGAUAACAGCAGAGUUUGAUUCAAGUCCUUUGAGUGAGUGAAUGAAAACCAGUCCGCUCUGUCUAGACAGCGGCUCCUUCACUUUAGGGGGCUGCAUACAUAUUGUACGCUGUGUUUGUCAGAGCUGCUGAGUCUUCCAUGUAUAAUUUAAAUUGUAUUUCUGUUAGUUUGUCGUUUGGUAUGUUUAUUUGGAAGUAUUUAUUGUUGUCUUCCUUUUUCUUUUGUACGGUUUGGUUUAAAAAUACCGUGAUGGCAUAGUGAUGGGGACCUCGAGAACUUGGUUUGUUCAGCUGAUCGAAGAUGAUUCAGGUGAAGUAGCCGAGUGACGAUUCAGGAUGGACAGCUGGAGGCACUGGGGUCCUUAAUCUAAACAAACUCCAUGCGUGUCAAAGCCCCUAAGUGUGCAGCGGCACAGAGUGAGCUGAGCGCUCACCUACCUCUGGCCCAGAGUGCUCGACGUGGCUCACUGAUUUUCAACAGGCCACCCGCUUGGGUUGAUUUUAGUUACGCGUCACGUGAUGUUGACCUCAUCACAGUCUUCUUCCAUAGAGCAUCAUUUGGACUUCAGUCCAACACUUUCAACCAGAGCAAAGGUAGGAUCUGCUCGAUCUAAAAUGUACCUUUUUGGUAAAAUCUCUGACCUUUUAGAGCGUUGUUUAGAAGCCAAUCUUGGCCUUUUCAAAUUUCGGACGCAAAUUUUACACACGUUUAGUGCGAUUUCAUGUGGAAAGAAACAAAAAAGUCAAAGGUGUUUGUUUUAGGAGCAUCUUCAAGGAUUGUGGGAGUCACACAUUUAGUGUUUCAGUGAUCUUCAUUUAAGAAAUUGAGGCCAUCAGAAUACAAAAAUCACAUUUUUUAGGCUGAAAAAAAAAGCAUUUUUAAAAAGGGAAAUUUUAUUCCUACUCUUUUAUACUACACUUGCUGCAAGAAUACGUGGUUUGUACUUAAUUAUUAAAUCUUUCUAAGAUGUACAUUUUGUUCUCAUUUGGGCUAUGUUGUCUACUAAAGUCUUAAUGGAAGCGUGGCAUGCCGAAUACAAACUGUGUUCUCCAAAUAUUUGCGCUUUUGGUUUCUGUAAAAGUAGUUGUUUGUUUGUUUGUUUGUUUUUUAAUUUCGUUUUGUAAAGACACACCUGGCACAGUAUUUUUUUAAAUGAUAAAUUAUUUAGAAUAUAUGGUGUGCACAUUGCUUGUGUAAGUUGUAUAUAACUACAUUAUCACAAUUUUUUGUACAUAAUAUCUUUACAUAUGCACUGUAUUUCUAAUUUAUCUCCCAAUUCUAUGGGAAUGUUGUGCAAUAAAGAUGCCAUGUUACCUUUAAAGCUUGA